ACUCUCCUUCUUUUUGUGCCUUUUCCCCCUUGCAUGCUCCCUCUCUCUCCCUCUCUCUGCUUCGCUUCUGUGUCUUGUUUACCCAGCAGGUGGAUGUGACGUCAGAGACUGAACACAGCAAAAAAUAACAACAUCUAAAUCCGCCAGUCCAGCGUGGGCACCACUAGCAAAGUGGAAAGGAGCGCGAGGAGGAGGAGGGGGGGUAAGAAAAUAGUGCCUGCUCCAAGAGCCCGACAGCCUACAAGAAGAAAAGAAGAAGGCGGAGGAGGAGGGGAGAAAAUAAACAAGAACAACAAGAGUGCAAAGAAGGCCCUGGUUGUUAAUGAUGGAAGGGAAAAUAAAAUCAAACAUUUAGUUUUUGAAAUCAAGACUUCAGCCAGCCUCUGUUGAAGUGUGUUGAUGGUUGCACAGUACAGUGAUGAUCAGGACUUCGGCAUAAUAUCUGAAUUGUGACUCAUGGUGAGCAACGGGGUGUGAUAUCCCACAGUGAAACUGCCUUAAUCUCAUGAAUUCCUGUGGUUUAUGAAAUGACAAUCCCCCGUUAUUGAGGCUGUGCCAGAAAAAUGACAUUCACAAGUUUCUGAGGGUAAAGAGAUUGACCUUUUUUUGUUGGUUGUGAGUGAAGAUUGCUUUGCAGAACCAGCUACUUAUAUAAGGGGCUUUGAGUCAUGAUGCAAGAAUCUGGGACUGAGACGAAAAGUAACGAUUCAGCCGUGCAGAAUGGUGGAAAUUCUGGUAACCACUUACUAGAGUGUACAUUACGAGAAACGCGAUCUAACGGAGAGACACCUUCUCUGGACUCCACUGCGGCCGACCUCGCACAUCUUCAGCAACACCAGAUGACAACACUCAUUCAGUCUUUAACAUCAAAGCCGAGACACAGAAUGGAUGACAGAACUGGGAGCUGGAACGCAAAGGCUCUUCAAGUUGCACGGCAGCUAUUAAUACACCAGCAGCAAAAUACUGGAGUAAAGGCCCACAAGAGGAAUGACAAGCAUCCAUCCCUCCAGGUUCCAGUCUCAGUGGCUAUGAUGACACCCCAAGUAAUCACUCCUCAGCAAAUGCAACAAAUUCUCCAACAGCAAGUGCUUACACCCCAACAACUACAGGUCUUACUUCAACAACAACAAGCGCUCAUGCUUCAGCAGCAGCAGCUUCAGGAGUUUUAUAAGAAACAACAGGAGCAAUUGCAGCUUCAGCUGUUACAGCAACAACAUGCAGGAAAACAGCCGAAAGAGCAACAGCAGCAAGUGGCUACGCAGCAGUUGGCCUUUCAACAACAGCUUCUACAAAUGCAACAGCUGCAGCAGCAGCACCUCUUGACUCUGCAGCGCCAAGGCCUCCUUUCAAUUCAACCCGGACAGCCUGCCCUUCCACUGCAGCCUCUUGCGCAAGGCAUGAUUCCAACAGAGCUCCAGCAGCUCUGGAAAGAAGUGACGGGCUCGCACACCGCGGACGAUGCCGGUUGCAACAACCACAGCACUUUGGAUCUGUCCACGACGUGCGUAUCUUCGGUGGCAGCACCCAAGACCUCUUUGCUCCUCAACCAUCAGGCAUCUACAAAUGGUCAGGCUCUUCUCACACCGAAAAGAGAGAGUGUAGCUCAUGAGGAUUACAUGCAGAAUCACCCCUUAUAUGGGCACGGUGUUUGCAAGUGGCCGGGAUGUGAAGCUAUUUGUGAAGAUUUCCCAUCAUUUUUAAAACAUCUCAACAGUGAGCAUGCAUUGGAUGACAGGAGCACGGCUCAAUGUCGAGUUCAGAUGCAAGUUGUACAGCAAUUAGAGUUACAGCUUUCCAAAGACAAAGAACGGCUGCAAGCCAUGAUGACGCAUUUACAUGUGAAGUCAACAGAACCCAAAGCAAGCCCCCAACCUCUGAACCUGGUGUCCAGUGCCACACUUUCAAAGACUGCAUCAGAACCUUCCCCACAAAGCUUACCUCAUACACCCACCACCCCAACGACACCACUCACUCCUCUAACCCAGGGACCAUCUGUUAUCACUACCACCAGCAUCCACAAUGUGGGACCCAUACGGAGGCGGUACUCUGACAAAUACAACGUCCCCAUCUCUUCUGACAUUGCACAGAACCAAGAAUUUUACAAAAAUGCAGAAGUUAGGCCACCCUUCACGUACGCAUCCUUAAUCAGGCAGGCAAUUCUUGAAUCUCCAGAGAAGCAACUAACACUAAAUGAAAUCUACAACUGGUUCACACGAAUGUUUGCUUAUUUCCGACGUAAUGCAGCAACGUGGAAGAAUGCAGUGCGCCAUAAUCUUAGUCUACACAAGUGUUUUGUGCGAGUAGAAAACGUAAAAGGGGCAGUAUGGACAGUGGAUGAAAUAGAAUUCCAAAAAAGGAGGCCACAAAAGAUCAGUGGAGAGGAUAGACACUGUAGUCCUUCUCUUAUUAAAAACAUUCAGACAAGUCACACCUACUGCUCACCUCUCAAUGCUGCUUUGCAGGCUUCAAUGGCUGAAAACAGUAUACCUCUAUACACUACGGCUUCCAUGGGAAAUCCAGCUCUGACCAGUUUAGCCAGUGCCAUGAGAGAAGAAUUAAACGGUGUGAUAGAACACGGCAACAGUAAUGGUAGCGACAGUAGCCCGGGACGUUCCCCUAUGCAAGCAAUGCACCAUGUACAUGUUAAAGAAGAACCACUGGAUCCUGAUGAGAAUGAAGGUCCUCUAUCGCUAGUAACAACAGCUAACCACAGUCCUGACUUUGACCCUGACAGAGAUUAUGAAGAUGAACCUGUAAAUGAGGACAUGGAGUAAAAUCAUGUGUAACUUCACAACCCUGAGAAUGAAGACAGUUCAAGGCCUUGGCUAUCUCUCCAUUAUUGUACAGUCUGGAGAGUACCUGGCCCUAUUCUGACAACUAUGACAUGUGUUAACUCUUAGUGCCAUCAAGUUUCCCAUUUGGGAGUAUUUUUGAUUUUUCUACUUUUUAUGUUGAAGAAAAAAAAAAGGAAUUUGUACUUUGUGCAUUGGAUCGACUUGUUUGGUACUUGCGACUUCCUCUCUCACGGUCAGCAUCAGUGUUGUAAAUUUGCUAAAAAAAACAAUUUCACUUCAUAACAUGCAGCAGACUUUUAAGGACUGAUGUUCAGCCAUAAAAGGACACUGAGGGCAUCGAUAUAAGCAUGUGCGUCUAAACUGCAGGUCAUCCCUAUUGCCCACAUAAAAAAAAAAGAUUCCAAUGGACAACGUAUUUGCACAGUACUGCAUGUAAUUCUGAUUAUCACUGCCUUUAAAUUGAUUCUUUUGCUUCCAUAUGGGAUUGAGGGUGACCUUUUUUUUUUAUAUAUGUAUGGGACAGAGGGAGAGGCAUAGUAAUUAUCCCAAACUUCUUAAUGUAUUGCUUUUAUUUUUAUUGUACUACACCAAUUUAAGUUCUGACCUCAGGCCUCUGUUUCAAGGCCCAAGACCUCUCGGAGGCGUAAUGUUUUCUGUACUUUGUGAUGAAUGUCAAUAGGUGUUUUUAUUAUAUGAUGCCGAAUGUCUUUCAAUUGUUCAAUGUUUUCUGUCAUUGCAUUGUAGUUAUCUUAAGUUGCAAUCACAUUUUUCUUUCAGACACUUGAAAAACAAACAAAAAAGCAUAAUAAUUCCACUAUUAUUUCCACAAAAUAUUUCCAAAAAGUUGCCUUUGACAGUCGAAAGAAUAGUUCACCUCAUACUGGAGGGGAAAGAAUGCUGAAAUGUCAUAGGGGAAGGCUAAGCUUCAUUCCUGAAUAGCAGUGUUCUGUUGUUGUUGUUUUUUUUGUUUUUGUUUUUAGCAUUUUUGAUCUGGAGAGCCAAUACAAACCAACUUCACCAUGAUGAUAUAACUUGCAGUCCCUACUUUUGCCACUGAUAUAUACUAAAGGUCUGGGAGGUGCUAUAUGUUUUAUGCUGGUUUUCUGCACCAUUCUUGCUCAAAAUUCUCGAAAUAAUUAGGAUUUUCUGUAAGAGAGAAGAUGCCUCAAAUGUUUUGAAUCAUUGGAAAGCCACCAAGCAGUCAAUGGGUGGAGAGCAUUGUAUAUAUAAAUGGUUUUCAAUCAACAUAUGUAUACAUUAUUAUGUAUAAAAUAUAUAAAUAUAUAUGAGCAGUAAAUAGGAAGUAAGAUUUCGACUUGAUGUAGCUUUCACCAGUAAGGGAAAAAUCCAAUAAGAGGAACCAUUGUUUUCUCAGUUCGAGUUUACUGCAUUUUUAUUAUUUUUACACCAGUCAAUGCAAAGGGGGUCAUAUAUUACAUGUAGUGCAAAGAGGGACAUCGUGAUAAAGAUUCUAAGGAUCGUAUUUUUAGCAGAUGGAUAUUGGGAGAGUCAGGGCAGACUGCAGCCAAGAUAUGUAAAGGGUAUCUAAGCCCCAGCAUGGUAUGAACCUUAGAAACCCUAUUUAAUUGAAGACAUUUUUCAUCUGUGGACAUUUUUAUGGUUUUCAAAAAUUGUAAUGUUGGCCAUUUCCAAAGGGAAAGGAGAAACAAGGUUUAAAGAGGAGGAACAUAAAUUCGCAGUAAUGGGCAUGACUAUGCUCCUAUUUGCAUUCCCCUUUUGGCAGCAUAUAAAAGUAUUUGAUUUGAUACAUGCCCAGAUAUUGUGAUAACUUUAUGGAGCAAUGGAGCAAUGGAUGAACUUUAUAAGGAUUUGUUCUCAUGGGCAGUUUACCUGCUAGUUUCCUGCUGCAGGUUUGACUUUCUUGCUGCGGAUUUACUGCAGUGGUAUUUCUCCUUCAGAAAAUCCACAGCAAAUUACAUUGGCCUCAAUGGGGUAAAGAAAAGUGACUGCAGUUAAAGGGGUACUCUGGCGCUUAGACAUCUUAUCCCCUAUGCAAAGGAUAGGGGAU